GCGUCGCGCCACAGCUGUCUGCGAACACUGAGCUGCCUGGCGCCGUCUUGAUACUUUCAGAAAGAAUGCAUUCCCUGUAAAAAAAAAAAAAAAAAAAAAAAACUGAGAGAAGGAGAGAGAGGAAAAGAGAGAGACGGAGAGGGCGCGAGACAGAGCGAGCCACGCAAUCUGACUGAGUAGUUUCUGCUCUCGGGUCACCCGCUGCCGCCGCCUCCUCCUCUCUGCUCCUCGCUUCCCAGGCAACCCGAGGGCAGACUCAGGCUCGGAGCCUCUGAGGACCUCCAGUGCACAGGAGCCUCUUGCAGAAUUCCAGCUGUUCUCGCUCUCUCCCUUUACAAUUUGAUCCCUCUUUAUACUUCCAUACCUAUUUUUUUGGAAUUUCUUUUUUCUUCCUCUUCUUCUCCUUGCUAAACUACCCCGCAGAGAUUAAAACAAACAAACCCCUCAUUUGCUCACCUUUCCUUCCCAGCUUUCUAUUCCCCUACUGAAAAAUCAUUAAACGCCCCUCGUCCCUCCGACGGCAGAAGCACCUGCAGAGCCCCGGAGGCCCCUGACCUCCUAGCCCGAUCGCCCUCCCUCACCGCGCGCGGGUUCCGGGCCCGGCGAGAGGGCGCGAGCGCAGCGGGGGCCAUGGAGGUGACGGCGGACCAGCCGCGCUGGGUGAGCCACCACCACCCCGCGGUUCUCAACGGGCAGCACCCGGACACGCACCACCCAGGCCUCGGCCACUCCUACAUGGACCCGGCGCAGUACCCUCUGCCGGAGGAGGUGGAUGUACUUUUUAACAUCGAUGGUCAAGGCAACCAUGUCCCGUCCUACUACGGAAACUCGGUGAGGGCCACUGUGCAGAGGUACCCUCCGACCCACCACGGGAGUCAGGUGUGCCGUCCGCCCCUGCUGCACGGAUCCCUGCCCUGGCUGGACGGUGGCAAAGCCCUGGGCAGCCACCACACCGCGUCGCCCUGGAACCUGAGCCCCUUUUCCAAGACGUCCAUCCACCAUGGCUCCCCCGGGCCGCUCUCCGUCUACCCGCCGGCCUCAUCCUCCUCGCUGUCCGCGGGCCACUCCAGCCCUCACCUCUUCACCUUCCCUCCUACCCCGCCGAAGGACGUCUCCCCGGACCCGGCACUGUCCACCCCGGGCUCGGCCGGCUCGGCGCGCCAGGACGAGAAAGAGUGCAUCAAGUACCAGGUGCCGCUGCCCGAUGGCAUGAAGCUCGAGUCUUCACACUCGCGCGCCAGCAUGACCACCUUGGGGGGCGCCACCUCGACGGCCCACCACCCCAUCACCACCUACCCGCCCUACGUCCCCGAAUACAGCUCCGGACUCUUCCCGCCCAGCAGCCUGCUGGGGGGCUCCCCCACCGGCUUCGGAUGCAAGUCCAGGCCCAAGGCGCGGUCCAGCACAGAAGGCAGGGAGUGUGUGAACUGCGGGGCGACCUCAACCCCCCUGUGGCGACGGGAUGGAACGGGGCAUUACCUGUGCAACGCCUGCGGGCUCUACCACAAGAUGAACGGACAGAACCGACCCCUCAUUAAGCCCAAGCGAAGGCUGUCGGCAGCAAGAAGGGCAGGUACAUCCUGUGCAAACUGUCAAACCACCACGACCACUCUCUGGAGAAGAAAUGCCAAUGGAGACCCUGUCUGCAAUGCCUGCGGGCUGUACUACAAGUUGCACAAUAUUAACAGACCCCUGACUAUGAAGAAGGAAGGCAUCCAGACCAGAAACCGAAAAAUGUCUAGCAAAUCCAAAAAGUGCAAAAAGGUGCACGACACGCUGGAGGACUUCCCCAAGAGCAGCUCGUUCAACCCCUCCGCCCUCUCCAGACACAUGUCUUCCCUGAGCCACAUUUCCCCUUUCAGCCACUCCAGCCACAUGCUGACCACCCCAACGCCGAUGCACCCCCCAUCUAGCCUCUCCUUUGGACCUCAUCACCCUUCCAGUAUGGUCACCGCCAUGGGCUAGAGGCCCUGGCCCACGUGGACUGGUCUCCGCCAGAGGCCUGCCAGCCCCUUCUACGUGCAUUUUUGCAGGAGCAGUAUCAUGAAGCCGAAACCCAUGGAUCUACGUUUUUGAAGGCAGAAAGCAAAACGACGUUGGCCACUUUUGCAGAGGAGCUCGCUGUGGUGUCUGUGUUCUCAAUCACUGACUCUGGAUCCCAUUUGUGAAUAAGCCAUUCAGACUCACAUUCCCUCUUUACCAGGGUCUCUAGUGCUGUGAAAAAAA